AUGGUUUUGGAAAUGCUGAAUCCAAUGCACUAUAAUGUCACCAGCAUGGUGCCAGAAGUCAUGCCAGUCAGCGCCAUGCCAAUUCUGCUGCUCACCGGUCUUCUUCUCUUGAUUUGGAAUUAUGAGAACACAUCCUCAAUACCAGGUCCUGGCUACUGUAUGGGAAUUGGGCCUCUCAUUUCCCAUGGCAGAUUCCUGUGGAUGGGGAUUGGCAGUGCCUGCAACUACUACAACAAGAUGUACGGAGAAUUCAUGAGAGUCUGGAUAGGUGGGGAGGAAACACUCAUUAUCAGCAAGUCCUCAAGUAUGUUCCAUGUAAUGAAGCAUAGUCACUACAUCUCCCGAUUUGGCAGCAAACUUGGGUUGCAGUGCAUCGGUAUGCAUGAGAAUGGCAUCAUAUUUAACAAUAAUCCAGAUCUCUGGAAAGCAGUUCGACCUUUCUUCAUGAAAGCUUUGACAGGCCCUGGCCUUGUUCGCAUGGUGGCAGUUUGUACUGAAUCCAUCAUAAGGCACCUGGACAGGCUGGAGGAAGUCACCAAUAUGUCGGGCUACGUUGACGUGUUGACCCUCAUGCGGUGCAUCAUGCUGGACACCUCCAAUGUGCUUUUCUUGGGGAUUCCCUUGGACGAAAGUGCCAUCGUGGGUAAAAUCCAGGGUUAUUUUGAUGCAUGGCAGGCUCUCCUUCUCAAACCAAACAUCUUCUUUAAGAUUUCUUGGCUAUACAAAAAGUAUGAAAAGUCUGUCAAGGAUUUGAAAGAUGCCAUAAAUAUUUUGGUAGAAGAAAAAAGGCAAAAGGUUUCCAGAGCAGAGAAACUAGAAGACUGUAUGGAUUUUGCCACUGAAUUGAUUUUUGCUGAGAAACGUGGAGACUUGACAAGAGAGAAUGUGAACCAGUGCAUAUUGGAAAUGCUUAUUGCAGCACCUGACACUAUGUCUGUCACUGUGUACUUCAUGCUGUUUCUUAUUGCAAAGCACCCUAAGGUUGAAGAGGCAAUAAUGAAGGAAAUACAGACAGUUGUUGGUGAAAGAGAGAUAAAGAUUGAUGACGUGCAGAAACUAAAAGUGGUUGAAAACUUCAUUUACGAGAGCCUGCGGUACCAACCUGUCGUUGAUUUGGUCAUGCGCAAAGCCUUACGAGAUGAUGUGAUUGAUGGCUACCCGGUGAAAAAGGGGACUAACAUUAUUCUGAACAUUGGAAGAAUGCAUCGACUUGAGUUUUUCCCCAAGCCUAACGAAUUUACUCUCGAAAACUUUGAGAAGAAUGUUCCUUACAGGUAUUUUCAGCCGUUUGGCUUUGGGCCCCGCAGCUGUGCAGGAAAGUACAUUGCCAUGGUGAUGAUGAAAGUUGUCCUGGUUACACUUCUGAGACGAUUCCAUGUGAAGACAUUGCAAGGAAAGUGUGUUGAAAACAUACAGAAGAGAAAUGACUUGUCCUUGCACCCAGAUGAAACAAGUGACCUGUUAGAAAUGAUUUUUACCCCAAGAAAUUCAGACAAGUGCCUCAAACACUAA